CAAUCGACGAAGAAGCCGACCAAGCGAACCAGCGAGCGCCAUUCAAGAGCACUGCGAGCCCCAAACAAACCGCUUACAAAGUGUUGUGCCGCCGAACCGAACGGACGUGCUUCUAACCGAGCGCUGCUCAUCUCAUCAGACAGCAGUUGGCAAUAUACAUCUUCUACAUUGCUAGUGAAACCUUUAAUUGCAAGGAAGCGAAGUUUUGUUGGAUGGUUGUUGUGCAAGUGUCCGACCGGAAGCAAGUGAAGUGAUUUGCAUCAUAUCACAAGUGUAAAUUUUAGUAAGGUGCAAGCGUAAGCAAAGAUACAACAGCGCGUGAUCGUGAAAAAGUUUUGAAAGCGGCUACGACGGGGAAGCCAGACAACAAAGGCGCAAGUUGCAUGUUACAGUGAACUGUGCUGUGAGCAUCAAGAAGAAAAGCAUAUCACAAUCAGACCGUAGUUUUACGUGAAGUUUACUUGUAAAAGUGAAGCAAGUGAUUAAAGAGAGAGAGAGAGAGAGCAGAGAAAAAAAACGGGCAAGACUUUGCCGUUCAAGACAGCCAGACGGACGUGUGUCCUUAACCGGAAGUUACAAAAGCUGAGAACAAAUUGACGUGACUGUGUGUGGCUAAGUGAGUGGAAAACAGAAAAAAACCCAAAAUGGAAAACACAGCCGCCGUUUUACUGUCGCCACCGGCAACGCCACCGUUACAGGAUACCAGCCAGCAGCAGGAGCAGGACCAGCAGCAGCACCAGGACGAAAUGUUGAAGACAAACAAUGCCCUGCGUCAGGCACUGAAGCGGAAGCUGGAAAAUGCAGCCGAAAAAUCAUCCAACGGCAGCUUCGUCACACCGAACCAUUCGGACGCGUCAGAGGAUGAGUCGGAUCUGCCACCGCGCAAGCGUCAGUACGUGCGUAAUCCGGAUCAGCUGGAAUCGCACGCCGCUCUGCAGAAACAGCUGCAUCAACUGCACCAACAACAACAGCAUCAACAGCAGCAACAGCAACAACAACAGUUGCUAAACGGUUCCGGUGCUCCAACACCACCACCGUCGGAGUUUUCCGGCUCGGAGGACGAAACUACCAAGUCGGGUGCGGACGAGGAGCGCUGCUACUUCCAGACAGCGGAAACGCCCCAACGCGAAAGUGUUAUCAUGCGCAUCAACAAGGACGGGUCGUGCACGAAGUCGGCUGCAUCGGAAGAGGCCGCGGCAAACGGUGCCGACGGUACGGUGACGGGUGGAGCACUGAACAUAUUCCGCAGCUACAAGUUUAAGAUGGGACCCCGGAUGUCACCGCCACCUCCGACCGCCGCACCAGCUCCAUCCACUGCGCCCGUAUGCUCUACGCCGGAACGAUCGUGUACAGACGGUGCGGAAGACUUGCGGCAACAGAGCACAGCCGCUGCCAGUAAGACGACGUCCGCUGCAGUAUUCAGUUCCAGCUCGAACGGCGGCAAGCGUAAGAAGAAGGAUUCGAGCUCGUCGGCCGCUUCGUUCCUCAGCCAACCAAUCCUGCCGAAGGGGUUGCCCACCGCAUCCAACCUCGGUCACCAGCCAGCCACCCUUCCUGUGAUAGCGCCCAAGAUCAGUACCGCCCCGGCUACCGCGGCCCAAUUCAUUCUGGCCACCCAGAACGGUUACAUCAUUGUCCCGCAGCAAAUGUCGCACAAUCUGCUCGUAGCAACCGCUCCGACCGUGCCAGCCAGCGAAACGGUGCGCUCCGCCAAGGCUCACCCCACUACCGUACCGACGACAGUCAGGAACGACGGCAAGGGUGAACCAGCGGUGGAACAACAGCGCCAGCAGUCGGCAACAUCUGCUGCUGGUCCGAAACCGGAACGGCGCCGUAUCUACGAGUGUGACCAUCCCAACUGUGGCAAGAAUUACUUCAAGUCGAGCCAUCUGAAGGCGCACCAGCGUAUCCACACCGGCGAACGGCCGUUCAACUGCAAGUGGCCCGACUGUGGCCGCCGGUUUUCGCGCUCGGAUGAGCUGUCCCGCCACAAGCGCACGCACACCGGCGAGAAGAAGUUCGUCUGCCACGUGUGCGAACGACGGUUCAUGCGUAGCGAUCAUCUGUCGAAGCACGUCAAGCGUCACAACAAGGACACUAGCCGAACUUCGUCGUCAUCGUCCACUACCGGACGGCGUACGGUGGCCAGUGCGACGCCCGCCUCCUCCGGUACGCAAUCCCCUGCCAUCCUGCCGGCCGAAGUGAGUAUGCGAUCGGCGGCGGCGGCAGCCGCACUGUACCAUCAACAUCAUCACCAGCUAGCGGCCGUAUACCAACCGGCGCAUCCGUUCGCUUCCGUGCAGCCAGCAUCGGUAUACUAAACUGGUCCAGAGCUCACGUAAAUCUUCUGUGUCAUAAUAUGCGCUGCGCCGGGAGCAAUUACCGUGCGGGAAGCAAUCAUUCCAACAACCGGGGACCGAUUGCCCUCGAUCGAGCAGGAUCGAGCAGGAUCGAGCAGGGAAGCGUAGCACAGGAAAAGCUCCUCGCAGCAAAGUAAAGUAGGGUCGUCGUUUCAAACACUGUUCGUGAUUUUUCGCCCUAUUUCUCCCAAGUUAGGUUUAAACAAUUCUGCGUGUGGGCGCCGCGAAGCGUCCGUGCGCCCACUAUCUGUGAUCGUUUUUUCUUACACAAACAGAGGAAAAAAAAAUACGGGAAAACCCAGCUACUAAGCAAGCAAGCAAGCGGGCGGAAAAAUCCUUACCCCGGCGCUUUAGCGUUUAUUAAACUCUCUCUUUAUCUUAUCACAAUCACUACUAAAGCUAGUAUCUAGACAUUAGGGGGAAAGGGCCAGGGAUGAUUAGUGGGUGGGUGAAGCGUGAAAGUCUCAGCAACGGGAGAGGAUAUAAUUAUACCACAGAAAGCACAGGGAAUGGUCUGAGGGUGCCGAGACUGUGCUCGGCUCGCAAGGAGAGAAGAAAUCAGCACUACAAAGGAGAACAGAAAAGAAGACUCACAAUAUUUGGUUCUACUGUCUGUUGUAAGAUAAUGUUUAAUUAAUGUGUUUUAUUUUUUGUUUCUUGUUUUAUUUUCUGUUUCUUUGUGAUUAUUACAUUAUUAUGCACUAGUUACACACAUCGAUUCAGAGAGAGAGAGAGAGAGAGAGAGAGAGAGAGAGAGAGAGAGUUCGAAGGCGAUGUUUAAAGAAAAGUGUGCAAGAAAUGCAAAAGCCUAGCAUUACAUUACCUUAAUAGCAUGUGCGGGGUCGUGCUGUGAACAUGCGCUCCCCCACCAGCCCUGUGAAGCAUUGUUUGGUUCGUAAAGGUUUUCGUUAAUUUAUUUUAGUCCUUAAUCGUUCUAGCCGUUAAAAAUUGCCACUGUAAGACAAACGCGUUGUAUGCACCUUAGCAAGAGAGCUGCAAAUGAGGAAAGAAGCGAACAGACAGAAGAAGAGUGAGAAAGUAAUUAACGAUCAAAGGAGAUUACAGAAAAGAUCAAUCAAGUGUUAAACGAUACUAGCAAAUACCUGUAAUAUCUACAUAAAAUGCCAAACUGGGCUGAAAAGAAUUCAAAUUCGGUCCUCUGCUCUGUAACUGUCCAACCGGACAGCUAGAGACACAAAACAGACAAACAAAUCAAUGCAAUUGCAAGAGCAACACAACAAAACCCAGUAAUAUACAUUCUUCUGAUCGAUCUAAAAACAAA